AGAUUCGUGCGCGAACAUGACGGGUUUGGUUUCCAGAGUAACCGUUAAAAGCUGAAAUAAAUAUUUUGAAUUUCUAACAAGUGUUUUUCUUGCGCGUUGCCAAGUGCUUCGGGCCAACUGAGUGCACCAGUGAAAAUCAAAUAUAAAAAGCUGAAUUCUUUCGAGUAUCUCGUGUUAGAAAGAUACAUAAAAAUAGCAUUUGAAGAGUGCAUUUUGGCAAAGCGAAUUGUAAAAUAACAAAAAACAGACACAGCAACAAAAUGGCCUGCUCCACAAAAGUUUUGAAAGUAUUCGCCCUGAUCUGGGAUAUAAUCUAUGUGAUCUUUGGCCUGAUUGUUGUUGCACUUGCCGUUCACAUUUUUUUCAAAUUCGAGCAUUUCGAAACGGCUGCUUUCGUCAUUCUAGCCUUUGGCAUCGUCAUUGUGCUGGUCUCCUUGUUCGGGCUCCUGGGCGCUGCACGUGAAAGUAGUCGCAUGUCCAAAUCGUUUGUGGCAGUUGUGGUUGUUUUGAUCGUACUACAAGUGUUGACAGUGGGCUUCUUUUGGAUAUUCCAAACAUCGCUGCUCAUCAAUGUGGACAAGACAUUCGAUCAGCUGUGGCGUGAUCAGCCCGUGCCAAUUAGGCCUGGAAAUGUUAGCCAAAUAGCGAGCAUAGAACGUUGGCUCGAUUGUUGUGGCAAUGUCAGUUACAAGGACUAUCUGCUGCCCCCAAACAGCUGCUACAACAGCGAUACGAGCAAAAUGAAUAUGGAGGGUUGUCGCCAGAAGUUUUUGGAUUACAUUGCCGAACGCUGGACAGCAUUCAAUAUAUUUGCGAUCGUUCUUGUCGGCGUCGAGAUCAUUUGCGCACUUCUGGCUUAUGUGCUGGCCAAUAGUAUUGUUAAUCGCUGGAGACGCUCCAAAUACUUUUCGAAAUAAUUUGUAAAUUUACAGCACACUUCAUAAUGCGCAUACUCAAGGCCAAAGAAUUCUCAAUACUGUGCAAAUACUACUUACAAACACUAAACUAAGCAAUCGAAUUUCCAGUCUAUGUAUUGCGGCGAUUGUUAGUCUACCUCAUGUUCAGCCAGAAUGAAAAACAAAAUAAAAUUAUAAAACAUCCAAUUCCGUUUCACAGCUCAACAACAGGUGCCAAAAGUAGUGUUCAAGCCGAUUUCGAUAUAUUUAUAUACACAAAAUAUAUACAUACUUCGCACAAUAUUUAUAUGCAUGUAUUUAUUCGUAUAAGAUUUUCACAAAUGUUUUUCCUUUAUUUUCACAUUUAGCACUGCACAGUGCCUACAAUAAGUAAACAUGCAAUUUGUAACAUUUAAAGCAAUAAAUCAAUUAUGUAGAUUUUGUAUUAAUUAAAAUAAAUACCUACUAAAUCAUACAAA